AUGUUAUUCUUAUUUCUUGUUUCUUAUAGCAAAACCUCAAACCAAAAAAUGACAGGCGCUUAGAAGUAAGAUCGUCUUAAAGGCAAAAUCAGGCAGGAAGUGACCCAUGUAAGCCCCCCUUUAUUUGCUUCCUCUGUGACCUGAAACUGGAAAAGUGGAGGAGACUUUGGACGCUGAGCUAACAGCUACAACUCAAACUCUUAAGGUUGGACACUACUAAAAGUUUCUGUUCGGCUUGUGAAGUGUGCGUCAUUCAUGCGUUAUCUGACGUCUGGGGGACGAUAAUGGCUUCUGAAAUUUCACUCAAAAGUAACAUAAAAGAAGCAGAGGCGCUGGCCCUCUCCUUGGGUGAAGCCAUCAGCAGUGGAGACUCCGAAGAGGCAGCUGAGCUGUGCAAAAAACUUUCCCAGCUCUCUGUUGAAGUGUCAGUCAACAUCAAGAGCCAUGUCUACCCUCAGGACUCCUUCAGAUUGAAGGUUUGUGUGCAGGAUGCGGAGUCAGAAGACUACAUCCCAGUGACCCUUAUUGUUUCCGCUGGGAUGACAAUUGCAGAAGUUAAAGAUAAGAUCAGUCAGGACUUUGGGUUUCACCCUACACUGCAGCGCUGGGUGAUCGGUAAACGCUUGGCUCAAGAUCAAGAGACAUUAUACAGCCAUGGCAUUCGCAAGAACGGAGAUCAGGCUUUCCUGUUUAUCCUCUCUGCCAAUGCAGCCCAGCUUACACGGCAGCAACACAAACAGGACCAGGAACAACAGCGAAUUGCUGGUAUUGUGGAAUCUUUGCCAUUAUUGCAGCUUCAUCCAAGAGGCGCAGGCAGUGGCGACAAAACAGUUCCUCCUCCUGUUCCUCCUAAAAACGUGACUCCUCCCAAACCUGCUCCUAAACCUCGGUUGGGCUGGCCCUGCACGAUGUGCACUUUUCUCAACAAACCAACACGUCCCGGCUGUGAGAUGUGUGGAGCAGAAAGACCUCAGGACUAUGAAGUACCAGACGUCUAUCAGCCAGAUCAGGACGAAGUCUUGCGCAUUCAGCAAGAACAACUGGCUUUACUGCAAUAUGAACAGGCUCAACAGCUGGAACGUGAGCAGAACUAUUUGUACCUGUUGGCCACAGAUGACCAAAACCUCAUCACUAACACCACAGAGACAGAUUGCCCCAUUUGUUUUUCUACUCUGGAGCCAGGAGACGGGGUUGUGCUCAGAGAAUGUCUGCACACCUUCUGCAGGGAGUGUCUUAAAGGGACAGUCAUAAACAGCCAGGAUGCGGAGGUAUCUUGUGCAGAUACAGAUUGCGAGAGCAAGUUAUUGGAUCGAGAAAUUAAAGAGCUUCUCACAGAGGAGGAGCACCAGCGGUUUCUGGAGUUGCGCUUAAGCAUUGCAGAAAGUCGCUCCGAGCACAGCUUCCACUGCCAGACCCCCAACUGCCGAGGCUGGUGCAUCUAUGAGGAUGACGUCAACGAGUUCCACUGCGACCUCUGCAAUGAGACCAAUUGCAUUCUCUGCCGAGCCAUCCACAAAGACAUGAAUUGCAAGGACUACCAGGAUGAUCUGCGCAUCCGAGCAGAGAAUGAUGAAGCAGCUCAGAAGACAAAGCAGAUGCUGGAGAACAUGCUGCAGAAUGGAGAAGCCAUGAAAUGCCCACGGUGUGACAUCAUUGUCCAGAAAAAGGAUGGCUGCGAUUGGAUCUGUUGUCUGAUGUGCAAGACGGAAAUCUGCUGGGUCACCAAACAAGCCCGAUGGGGACCAAAAGGAACUGGUGAUAUAUCCGGUGGCUGUAAAUGUCGGGUCAACAAUCAGCCUUGUCAUCCCAAUUGCCAAAACUGUCACUGAGGCAAACAAACUCUUAAGCUCAACAAUCCACUCUGUCACUGUGAACUGUUUCAAUUUAAUUAAGAAUCUGAUGCAUUAAACUCUUGAACACAUUAUAUUUUACACUCAUGUAAACGUUGAUAGCGCAUUCGCCAAAAUAGGAGAAAAUCUAUCAACAAUUAAAGAUGUCACACUGUCAACUCUAGGAAAAAAAUACCUUAGAAUUCUUAUUAUAAAUCUGGUGAUUAAGUCAUAUGUUGUUCCACGUUCUUUCAAUGCAGUCCCUAUGCAGUGAGUUUGUAUUGUCUAACAAAAGUAAAAAAAAAAAAAAGGCUUAACACCUAAACAGCUUCAAUAUAUGGACCUCCCUUUAUGUUUCUCCAAAAUAGUUUGUAACUAUGUCUUAAUAAUUCAAUAAUUUGUCUUUGUCACUUUCCAACUCAGCAGUACUCAAAAAAGCACCAGAAUAAUUGAACAAUGAAGAUUGCAAUUGCGGGAACCAAUGUAAUGCAAUCAAAGUUUAACUGAGAUUAAAGUAUUUCUAAGUUGUAAUUUAUGUAUGUUGCUCUGUUUUGCCGACGACACAAUUUUUUGGGAAUUGUUAGGAUUAUUCAGUCUUUUGUUCAGACUGGGGUGAAGGAUGCUCUGUGUACCGUUUACAUUAAUUGCAUAUUUUUUUAUGUAAAUCUCCUUAUUUUGAUGCUCUUGGAGAGACGUAAUGAAAAUGUAUAAUGAUUUCUUCAUCUUAAAUGUUUACUCCUGAAUAAGUGCAGGAUAAAAUGUAUUGCAUUAUGUGAUUUGUAUCUUUAGGUGUUGGUCUUGAUGUUUUCUUUGAAGGUGUUAUAGAUCUCUUUUCUCAGGCAGGGAGCACACAUUUAAUAAUUGAAAUUUAAAGUCAUUGUAUCAUUUUAUUUUUACAAAGACUUAGGAUUUUUAAGUAAUUACCUUGUAAAAAUUUUGUUACAAUUAUGAUUCUUUUGUACCCUUCCCGCUGAACUGCGGAAUUGUGCUGCCUUAAAACUUCCAAUUAGAUUUUGCAAUAUCUAAAUAUGCAUUGCCAAGUUUAUAUUGAAAAGAUAUGUACUGCAGAAUAUAAACUCUAAUUCUAAUAAACUGGA